CUAGACUUUUACACAAGUUAUUUAACCCCUUUCCUCAAUAUAACCGCCAAACUUGUGUAAUAAAUAAAGCGCUGCGCAAUGGCGUCUCGAGCUAAGUCAGGUCGUGGUCGGAAGCGCAAGGCUGUGGAUGCAGAUGCAGAAGCAGCUACAGUGGAGGAGAAGAAAGAAAAGCUCGAUGAAGUUGAAACCGAAAAGCAAAAAACAGGACAACGAGUGGUCGUCGAGCACUGUAAAAGCUGACGAGUGUAUGGGCGGAAUGCUGAAGGCGUGCGUGAGGCACUUGGGGCUUCACACCCUGAAUUUAGCAUUGAGCUCAAUCCACAAAAACCAAGACGAAACAGCUUUGAGGUCACACUAAUGCAGGGGGACAAAGAGGUUGUUUUGUGGACUGGUAUUAAAAAGGGUCCUCCACGCAAGUUAAAGUUUCCUGAUCCUGCUGAAGUGGUGUCUGCGCUGGAGGAAGCUCUGAAGACCAAGUAAAGCUUAUGAGGCGACAGUCAGUUGUCUGGUUCCUGGACAUUGGAUGCACAAUGAUUUAAAUAGACUCAUGGGAAAAACCUCCCAGUCUGUUUUCUGAUGGUCAGCUCUGUUGUCCUGGACAGAUAUUUGACAUACUCUUGUUUGUUCGGUUAAGUGCUCAAUCUCCUGUUUAUGUUGCUAAUUUGAUUUUACUUUGCUAUUGUACUUUUCUGUUGAUGUAUUGAAGUCCACUAUUUUCAUUGUUUGACUGAUGCAAAUAAAGUUAACAUGUUUCUCA